CUAUUUGUUUCCUCGAUUGUAUGCCUCGUCUGGGCUUAUUCAAUCAUUCACAUUCAUCACUUAAUAUUUUAUAUUCAUCUUUAGAAUUAAAUUAAGUUAAUUUAAUUAACCUGCAUAGAAUUAAAAUUAGUAAAUAAGCUACAAUGCCACCAUUGUUGAUAGCAUUUUUCGUACUUACUGCCAUUUUCUAUACGGCACGACAUAUUAAACUGCGCCUGAAAUUGGCAGGUAUUAAUGGUCCCAAGGGAAUUCCCAUUUUUGGCAAUGUCUUUGAACUGAUUGGCGAAGGGAACGUUGGUGUGGUCAAGGCCUUGACCAAAUUCCGCGAUGAGCAUGGGUCACGAGUAGUAAUGUGGCUGGGAUUGAAUCCAUAUCUCAUCAUAUCAAAUGGAAAUGACAUUGAAAAAGUCUUAUCUUCUCAGCAACACAUUGAAAAAAGUUGGGAUUACGACCUACUCGUGCCAUGGCUUGGUCGAGGACUGCUGACAUCAACAGGAUCGCUCUGGCAUUCGAGAAGGAAGCUUCUCACACCAGCUUUUCAUUUUGCAAUUUUGGAAGAUUUUCUCACCAUAAUGUGUGAACAAGGCGACAUUUUGGUUAACGUUUUGGAAACAAAGAAGGGCUCAGAAUUUGACAUUUUCCCCAUUAUAACUAGAGCAGCUCUGGACAUUAUUUGCGAAACUGCUAUGGGCGAGAAGAUUAACGCUCAACGGAAAACCGACUCCCAAUAUGUGAAAGCUGUUUACAGAAUUAGUGACCUUAUCCAAUAUCGCCAACUUCGUCCUUGGCUUCACAAUGACACCAUUUGGAGUUGGAGUCCUUCUGGCCGAGAAGAGAUACGAUUGCUCAAAACUUUGCACAAUUUCACCGACUCCGUUAUUCAGAAAAGGAAACGUAUGAGAGAUGAAAAUGGGAAAAGUACUUGGAAGAAACCAGCCUUCCUUGACCUACUCCUCGACCAUCAAGCUAAGAAUCCAGGUUCCCUGAGUGACAUUUGCAUUCGAGAGGAGGUUGACACCUUCAUGUUCGAAGGUCACGACACGACAGCGGCGAACAUCAAUUGGACUCUCUAUUUAUUGGGGUGUUAUCCUAAAAUCCAAGCCAAAGUUCAAGAAGAGAUUGAUUCUGUGCUCGGGUCAGGUAGUGGGGGCAAGAUCCCUUCGGGAGAUUUGGCCAAGCUAAAAUAUCUCGAGUGUUGCAUCAAGGAGAGUCUGAGAAUCUAUCCGAGUGUUCCGCUAAUUGGAAGAAAAUUGGCUGGGGAGUUAAAAUUGGACGAAGAUACGAUUGUGCCUCCAGAAACACGCGUCAUGGUCUCAUUUUUCCAUGCUCACAGAGAUGGAGACGUUUUUCCAGAUCCCUUAAAGUUUAAGCCGGAACGAUUUGAAGAAAACCAGGAUAAGCAUCCAUAUGCAUACACUCCAUUUAGCGCAGGCCCAAGGAAUUGCAUAGGGCAAAAAUUUGCACUAACGGAGGAAAAAAUCGUUUUGGCGAAAGUGCUACAAAAGUUUAAAAUAACAUCUCUGCAAAAACCAGAGGACGUUGUGCUCCUUGCUGAACUUAUCCUCCGACCGAAGGACGGAAUUAGGGUUCGCUUGGAAAGCAGAGAAUAAUAAUGGUUGCAGAUAACAAACUUUAACGUAACUUGUACAUUUUAUUCCUUCAUUUAUUCAUUCAUCUAUAACAUGAUACCCAUAAACAAAACCAAUCUAAAUUUAAAACUGCGAGUGCAGGAAAAAAAACCGUUAUAUGAAUAAACUAAGCUAACCGAA